AGUCACUGCUCCCAAAAACUUUCCUCAUCAUCACUCUCUUUGUUUUUCUUCUUUUUCUCUCUAUAAUACUUUUCCUCUGCUCCUCCUCACACUUCUCUCCUUCUUCGCCAUCUUCUCCUUCUUCUUCUUAACUCCAUCAAUGGCGGACUCAGAACCUCAACUCAACCAUGCAACUCACAAUCCAAGUAAGUACUACUACAACCACUUCUUGUUCAAAGCUCUAAUCGUUACACUUUUCCUGGUUCUGCUCCCUCUUUUCCCUUCACAACCCCCUCCCGACUCCAUCAACCAAUCUCUCCACACCAGAAGCUGGGAAAUCCUCCAGCUCAUCUUCGUCGGGAUCGCCGUCUCUUACGGCCUGUUUAGCCGGAAAAGCGACGAGAUAGACAAGGAAAAUAAUGGGUUUGCAACAACAAAGUUUGAUAAUGCCCAGUCCUAUGUUUCUAGAUUGCUUCAGGUUUCAUCUGUUUUUGAUGAUGAGUCUGAGGAUGGCUCUGUGUUCGAUGAUCAUGACAGUAGUAGCGAUAAUAAAGUUAUGCAGACAUGGAAUAAUCAGUACCGUAGGGGUGAAGCAGUUGUAGUUGUGGCUAAAGAUGGUGUUGAAGAACAGACUGUUAAGAGUUCAAAAGUGGGCGAGAAGCCCCUUCUUUUGCCUGUUAGGAGCUUGAAAUCGAGAGUUGCAGAGGCUGAUGAUGAUUUAAAGGAAGAGGCAAAGAUGAAAUCUGGUUCGAAGCGAUUUUGGAGCAAAUCAAUGGAGGAUAAUAAUAAUAAGGGAGAGGAGAAUUUGGUUCUUCCUUCUCCAAUCCCUUGGAGAUCAAGAUCAGGGAGAAUGGAGAUGAAGGAAGAAUCUAAACUGUUUUCUUCUUCAUCUUCAUCAAUGGCGGAGGACCCUGAAUUUAACAAGUUAGAGCCAAGGUCCUUCAGGUCUCAAUCAUUUACCAGACCUAACUCCACCUCCCCUUCACCAUCCCCUUCACCGGAAUCCUCCCAGCAGCUGAGGAUUCUUGAAGAGAUGGCGAGAAAGACGAAGACGACUCCCGCUCCUCCCCCGCCGCCUCCCCAUUAUUUCCUCGGCAAGUCGUCGUCGAUGAAAUCAAGCGCGCUAGCCGCCAAGAAGAAGGAAGAUUAUGGGUCUUCUUCAGAGAAGGAGCUGCGGCGAAGCGUUAGGAGUGUCCCGGCGGAAAUACCAAUACCCGACGAGGUGAAAGGUGAAGAAGCUGCCGGGAAAUCUGCAAGAACAUUAUCAUUUACUCCGUUCAACGGGCGAGGCAGGUCAUAUGCCAUUGCAAAAGCCAAAGAAAAUUUUGUGAAGAAAGAAGGCGAAGGGGAAGGCGAAGAGUCAGAGAUGGAAGACGAAGAUGAUUUCUUCGACGAGAAUAUGGUGGCAGAAAAUGGUAGUGAAUAUAACAGUAGUGGAGAUGGAGGGCCGCCGGAUGUUGAUAAGAAAGCUGACGAGUUUAUAGCCAAAUUUAGAGAGCAGAUCAGACUGCAGAGGAUUGAAUCUAUCCGGCGAUCGGCCGGCCAGACUGCAGCGGCUAGAAACCAGCUUGUAAGAUGAGCUGAGGAGGGCAGGCCGGCCUUCUGGGAGUUUAUCAAUUCUGCGUUUUCUUUUUUUCUUUUCAAUCCCAUUAUAUUAUGCAUUAGAGAAAGCUUUCUUUUGUUUGUGAUCAAUCAUGUUCCCAAAUUUUAUGGUAUACUAUACAGGUUAAGGUUUUUAUUUGUAAUGUAUCACUGCUUCUUGUUU